GCAUCAUUUAUUCCUUUUCUUGUGUCGUUGGAAAAGAUACUGUUUCUUUUUUUCAUUCUAGUGUACUCUGAGUGUACUACGAGGCGGCUGGGUUUCAAAGAGGAAGGGGAACGCCCCCCACCGAACUGUACACAAUAGCUUACUGAAGAACAGACCUUUCGUGAUGUGUGCAGUUCAUGUCUGAAAGCAGACGUUUCACUCCUGUCUAAUUAGCAUUCUGUUCUCGUCCAUUCAUCGUACUGCCCAUUAUUCCAAAGUCUUCAGCCAAAGCAUGGACGUACGCUUUAAACGUGCGAGCUUGGUAUAUUUCAAGACAUUCUGCCGCAAGGAAAACAUUGUACUUAACAACAGUGUAGCCUACUAGUACUGCAGCUGCAAAACAGUGCACCACUCUACACUCUUAGCUACAUAGCUAAUCAAAUUUAUGGUUGUUUUUAGUCUGUUUUUUUUUUAACUAAUGAGAAAGGAAGACAGAUUCACAUUCAGGCGGAGUGGGAAGAAAAUCAUUGAAUAAUCAGUUCUCAGUGUUUUGAAACCGUUUGAACUUUUUCUAACCAAUUUUGCCUCGACUCGCUUUUGCAUUCCCCCACGGAGAGCGGUUGCCACGGGAUACACGUGAAGUUUCCCCUGUCAUGGAGAGAGGAGUUUGUAUUAUCCCUGUGGUCGUUCUCAUUUUCCAGGAGGCGGUGGGGUUUAGCAUCAGGAAUGAGCAGCUGGGGAGGUGUAUGCAGGCCCUGGGGGGUCGGCUGGUAUUGGAGGAAUGCAGGCCGGACUCAGGGCCCCAGCAGUGGGAAUGGCGACCCCACACCCAGGCCCUGGUCAGCGUUCAGACGGGGGAGUGCCUGAGCGCGUUGCAGCCCCAGGAGCACGAGAGCGUCCGUCUGCAACCCUGCGGGGCAGGGGGUGGGGAAGGGGGCGGGGAGGGCCAGGCCUGGGGCUGCUCUAAAAAGGGCCACCUCACCCUGUCGGGGACCAAGGGGCUGCACCUCAGCGCCCACCAGGACGGCGCCAAGGUCCUCCUCUCCCAGGAGCGCGGGCGGGGCAGCAAGUGGAGGACCCUGGGAAACCGCACCGUUUGCAACGAGCCUGGGGGACCGCACCACUGGCAUCGCCACGGCAACAAGCCGACCCCGACGCCCGCUGCCGACACCAGCUCCGCUGGCGCUAAUGCCGGGCAGAGUCACAUUCUUGCGAUUUUCACAGAUGCUGUGGCUGCCCCAAACCCAACUGAAAGUGACCCAGAGAAGAAGCUCCGCUCUCUGCCUUACUCCACCAGAGACCCAGGCCCAGACCCACGCCCGUCCACCACACCUUUUUUCAGCCAGGAGUACGGGCUGGGCUGGGAGGUGGCUAUGCUAGUUCUUACCUCCUUGGCUCUUGUGAUUGGACUGCUCGUCCUCGUCCUCAGCAUUUACUACAACAGGAAGAAGAAGGUGAUGUGCGUGGUGAAGUCGUACACCCCGACCGGGGAAGCCAGCCUGCAAGGGUCCCCGGUGCCCAAUGAGAGGGCACCCCUUACCCGUCACCCGAUGAAGCCCCCCCGAUCCCCCUCACUGCAGAGAGGAGAGAUCCUCAUCGAAUGGAAGGACGGCACCGUCACCCCCCUCUUCGACACCCACACCUAUUUAGCAGACUGAGUAGAGCGCACACUAUAUGUAGAAAUACAGAUUAAUAGUGUUACAUACCUGCCUGAGUCUUAGUUUAUGAUAUGCAUUUCAUCAGUGCGGACUAGUAGGCUUAAAUACCAUGUUUAAUUUGCUUUCUUCCAGUUUAUUAACAUUCACAUUUGGGCUUGUGUCUGGGAAACAUUCCCAAUGUUCUCAAAAAAAAAAGGGACUAGGGCAGUUUGCGCAAUCAAAAUACAGAAUUUUUUUUAAAAAUAAGGAAACCUGUCUCCAUUGAAUUGUGAAACGCCUCAACAUGAAUGUAACAUGAUGCAUGUCCUAGUCUGCCGCCAUUUUAUUUGUAACGUGAAAUGAAAUGAGUUUUUCACUGUCCUUGUGGGACUGUUCGUGUGGAUCCUCCAAGAUCCUGAGACUACUCCAGUAGUGUCGUAUUUUUACUGUUGCCAUUGGUUGGCAUGUGGAAGCUUCAGCAGUAUUAACUUUUUAACAAACUGACUGGUAGCAUGUAAAGUAAAGGCAAUAAUAACAAAAACUUUGCUUUAACAUUGCUGAACAGAAGUUAUUUAAUACUUGUCUCUCCUGCCUACAGUAUUUGAGUUAAGAUGCACAGAAACUGUUCAGAAUAAAACUGGAAAUGCUGUAACCGAGAACGUAUUUAUAUGUGGUGGAAAAAUUACUCCAAAUAUACCACAUACGUACAUUUCUAAUCGUUAAGUAAUAAUCAAUAGUAAUAUUAAAUCAGAAUAUUUUUUUAAAAAAUUGAUUAUUUUAAUGUGUAUAGUGUUGUAACUAAAACAAUCUACUAAAACAUAACUUAUACCAAGAUUAUAUAAUGCAAUUAUUUUGAAUAAUAUGCUGUUUUUACACCCUUUUCUUUUUACACUAUAUGGUUCUUACUGUUGUACAAAUAAUUUUUUUGUAGUUUAUGACCCAGGUGAAAAGAUUAAAAAAGUUUCCUUUAUGCUUUUUUGCCUAUGCUUUAAUAAUAAUUUUAGAAACUUGUCUAAAGUCUUCCUUGUUAUUUUCAUACCAAGAGUCUACUAAGGGUGCUUUUACUGCAAACCACCCUGAAGAGAAGUGAAAAUGAAUCUAAAUUCAAUAAAGGAUGUGCUUAAGUAAAUUUAAUAGGCAGUCUAAUUGUGAAAAGCACUAUUACACAGAGCAUAUGGUAUUUAUACAUCUGUUAAUACGUACACGUGAACAUGUGAGCCUUGUAUUUAAAUGCUGGACCAGAGCAAGAAAGAAGAACGCUUUGACUGUCCCGAUAUUGGAAUCAUUGUAGCCUAAUUACUUAGUUAAAUUUCACUGUGACCCUU